AUGGACUUUUUUGGUAGGCCUGUUCGGAAACCUGUGGUCUUCCGACGUAAACGACAUAGCAGUCAUGAUGUUGACUCUACUGAUAUCAGUCCUACUUUGUAUACUCCAGAAGAAAGGGGCAAUUCUGGUGAUGUGUUAACGGAAUGCUUGGAUGAAAUUCCAGAGGACGGAACCGACGGAUUGGCCAGAGUGGUUUCGUUGUUAGGCUUGGAGUUAGAAAAGGUUAAAACCAAAAUGAUGUCAGUGACAAACAAAAAAUGCUCAGAAAUACUGGUGUCUGCUGCCGAAGAAAUUCAUGCACAGCUGCAGAAUGUUGAGUCUCGGAUUCAGACAGAUUUGUGA